CGCGGCGGAACUGAGAAAUCGGCUGGCCGGGUUGUGGGCCGAGUGUCUUGGGCAGGAAUUCUCUGGUCGGAAGUGGCGCCUGAGCCCGAGCAGCGUGCACAGGCCAGGGCCCAGGAUGGCCGAGUUGGAGGCCGAGGGUCGCCUGUGGCUCGAAAGCCCCCCUGGGGGGGCGCUCCCCAUCUUCUUGCCCACGAACGGGCAAGCCCUCAUUCUGGGUCGGGGACCCCUGACCCGAGUCACCGACCGGAAGUGCUCACGAAACCAAGUGGAGCUGAUCGCAGACCCUGAGACCCGGACAGUGACGGUGAAACAGCUGGGAGUUAACCCCUCAACUGCGGGGACCCAGGAGCUGAAGCCGGGGUUGGAGGGCUCUCUGGGGGUGGGAGACACGCUGUAUUUGGUCAACGGCCUCCACCCCCUGACCCUGCGCUGGGAAGAGACCUGCACAGCGGGAUCCCAGCCAGACACUCCGCCCGGCACCCUGCUGGUGGCUCCAGACUUGAAGGAGGAUGCCGAGCCGCAGAAAAAGCGGAUGCGGAAGUCAUCCCCAGGCUGGGAGAACUUGGAGAAGCUGCUGACGUUCACGUCACCUGGGGUGAAGGCCCGGGGCAAGGUGGCCGGCUUUGAUUUGGAUGGGACCCUCAUCACUACACGCUCUGGGAAGGUCUUUCCCACCAGCCCCAGCGACUGGAAGAUUUUGUACCCCGAGAUUCCGCGGAAGCUCCGUGAGCUGGAAACCAAGGGCUAUAAGCUGGUGAUCUUCACCAACCAGAUGGGCAUCGGGCGUGGGAAGCUGCCAGCAGAGGAGUUCAAGGCCAAAGUGGAGGCUGUGGUGGAGAAGCUGGGGGUCCCAUUCCAGGUUUUGGUGGCCACACAUGCUGGCUUGUACCGGAAGCCACUGACUGGCAUGUGGGACCAUCUGCAGGAGCAGGCCAACGAGGGCGUACCUCUCUCCAUCGAGGACAGCCUCUUCGUGGGAGACGCAGCCGGUCGCCCUGCCAACUGGGCCCCUGGGCGGAAGAAGAAAGACUUCUCUUGUGCAGACCGCCUGUUCGCCCUCAACCUCGGCCUGACCUUCACCACGCCCGAGGAGUUCUUUCUUAAGUGGCCCGCAGCCAGCUUCGAGCUCCCGGCCUUUGACCCGAGGACUGUCGCCUCCUCGGGGCCUCUCUGCUUCCCUGAGUCUAGCUCCCUUCUGAGCUCUGACCCUGAGGUGGUCGUCGCUGUGGGAUUUCCUGGGGCUGGGAAGUCCACCUUCCUCAAGGAGCAUCUGGUGUCGGCUGGAUACAUCUAUGUGAACAGGGACACCCUGGGUUCCUGGCAGCGCUGUGUGACCACCUGCGAGGCAUCCCUAAAGCAGAAGAAGCGGGUCGUGAUCGACAACACAAAUCCAGAUGCCCUGAGCCGGGCCAGGUAUAUCAAGUGUGCCCAAGACGCAGGUGUCCCUUGCCGCUGCUUUCUCUUCACCGCCACCCUGGAGCAGGCGCGCCACAACAACCGCUUCCGGGAGAUGACCGGGUCCCUGCACGCCCCUGUGAGCGACGUGGUCAUGUACGGCUACAGGAAGCAGUUCGAGGCACCCACACUGGCCGAAGGCUUCUCUCAGCUGCUGGAGAUCCCAUUCCGGCUGCACCUGGUGCCACAGCUGGAGCAACUGUACCGGCAGUUCUCCGAUGGCUGAGCCACCUGGUCCCCCAUCCCU